AUGACCGCCGUACGCACCAUCAAAAGCUUCCUUGUGGAGCUUAAGUCUGUCUUGCAAUCAGAGGGCCAUUCCUUCCCACUUAGAUUUGUCACCGGCAACCAAUCAUGUGACAUGGACUCUACUGUGUGUGCGUUGACGUAUUCGUACAUGAACUAUCUUCACAGUGGUAAAUGGAUGAUCCCGUUGCUUAACAUCCCCCGAGCCGAGCUUAGGUUGAGAAAGGAUAUUUCCAAGCUUUUGCAGGCACAUAAGAUAACCAAUGAUUUGCUUUAUUUUGUUGAAGAUUUGGACCGCUUGGUGACACUGUCGUCACCAAUGUCGUCGACGUAUGAACUUGUUUUAGUUGAUCAUUGCAAUGUUCAAGGAGACCAAUGGGAGCAGUAUUUAAAGGAUGGCAAGGCUACAAUUACUGCGAUAGUUGACCACCAUGAAGAUGAGGGCAUUGCCACAGAAGCUAACCCUAGAAUAAUCAAAUCAACAGGUUCGUGUUCUUCUCUAGUGUUUAACUAUUGGUAUAACCAAUUCCAAGAUAAAGGCAUCUUUCAAGAUCAAACUGAAUUGGUGGAAUUGUUGUUAGCUCCUUUGCUUUUAGAUACAUCUAACAUGAGUCAAAAGGUUGAAGAACCUGAUGUUAUUGCCUUGGGUGUUUAUCGCCAAAUUUUAGAGAAGGAUCCAUCAGCAUUACAAAUCACUAGUUUGUUUUCAGAUAUGCAUCAUAGUUCAUUCAAUGACUCCUUCCUUAAACAAUACACUAAGAAAUUGAAAUCUUAUAAGAAAAAUUUGGAUGGGUUUACCUUUUAUGAUAUUUUAAGAAAGGAUUAUAAGAGUUUCACUUUUGUCAGUAAUCUUAAACCAAUUAAGGUUGGUUUCAGUUCUUUAAGCAGUGAUUUUGAAUAUUGCUGCACUGUUCAUAAGGACGAUUUUGUUAGUGGAGCAAGUCAACUCUUAUCUGCCAGUGGGUUGGAUUUAUUAGUAAUGACUGCUUCAUUCACUGAUAAACAAACUAGAAAGUAUUCGAGACAAUUUAGUCUUUUCUAUGCGAAAGAUUCCGGUAACUUAGCAUUAUUUGAAUCGAUUCCAAAGUUGGUCAAUCAAAGUCUUGAUUUAAAUAAUGAUGUUCCUAACAUUGAGCUUUAUACUGAUUUCAUUGACUCUAUUGGUGAAACUACAAAUUACACGUUCACAUUAUUUAAUCAAGGUAAUACCGCUGCAUCAAGAAAGCAAGUUGUACCAGCAGUUAAGAAAGCUAUUGAACAAUAA